GUCGGCUCCUCCUAAGAGAGAUAACCAGCUCUCCAACCUCUCCGGGAUACAGCUUCCAGUCUGCGCCGGUCUGAAGCCUCGCAGAGUUCUGGAAGACUCGACUCCUGUAGCUAGUCCAGAAGGAUCUGCACCGAGAGGCUUAUAACCCAAGACAGGGCAAACAGGAAACACACAGACUCUUAUGAAGGUACACAACUCAGAAGCUACUAUGGAGAACUAUGUCACACAGAUUUCCAGAGAGGACCUGGAAGAUCUCAGAGAGGCCUUUAAUAAAAUUGACAUUGAUAACAGCGGCUUCGUGAGCGACUUUGAGCUCCAGGAGCUGUUCAGAGAGGCGAGUUUCUCUCUGCCGGGUUACAAGGUGCGAGAGAUCAUGAAGACCUUCCUCGCUGGAGACACCAACAAGGACGAGAAGAUCAGCUUUGAGGAAUUUGUUUCUAUCUAUCAAGAGCUGAAGAGUAAGGAGCUCUGUGAGACGUUUAGGAAAACCAUCACAAGGAGAGAUGGAAUCCGCUCCUUCGGAGGAAUGUCAAGGAUCUCCAGUGAGGGAACGCAGCACUCCUACUCUGAUGAGGAAAAGGUGGCAUUUGUCAACUGGAUCAACAAAGCCUUGGCAAAAGAUCCAGACUGCCAACACCUGCUGCCCAUGAACCCGGACGAUGAAAGCCUCUUCACCUCUGUCCGUGAUGGCAUCCUGUUAUGCAAAAUGAUCAACCUGUCUCAGCCGGACACGAUAGACGAAAGAGUCAUCAACACAAAGAAAUUUGCCACCUUCAAAAUGACAGAGAAUCUUGUCCUGGCUCUGAACUCAGCCUCAGCAAUCGGCUGUAUGGUGGUGAGCAUUGACGCCCAUGAUCUGAUGGCUGGGAAACCUCAUCUGGUCCUGGGACUGCUCUGGCAGAUUAUCAAAGUUGGCCUUUUUGCUGAUAUAGAACUCAGCAGGAACGAAGGUCUGAUUGGCCUUCUGAGAGAUGGAGAGGAUCUGGACCAUCUGAUGUCUCUCUCCCCUGAGGAGCUGCUGCUCCGCUGGGUCAACCAUCACCUACGCAACGCAGGAACACAGACCAUCAGCAACUUCAGUGACGAUAUUAAGGACUCGCGAGCCUACUUCUACCUGUUGGACCAGAUUUCUCCCAAAGCAAAGGACGACUACACAUUGAGUGUCAAAAUUGACAUGAGCGGCCUCAAUGAGCAUGAUUUGAACCGAAGGGCUGAGCUGAUGCUGAAACAGGCUGCCCGGAUGGACUGCAGACAGUUUGUUUCUCCUCAUGACGUCACAUCUGGAAACAGCAAACUCAACUUAGCCUUCGUAGCCAACCUCUUCAACAUGCAUCCGGGUCUGGAGAAGGGUCAGAGCAACGGCAUAGAGACUACGCACAUAGAGGCUGAGUCUAGAGAAGAGAAAACAUUUCGAAACUGGAUGAACUCUCUGGGCGUCUCUCCACAUGUCAACCACAUGUACCGUGACCUGUGUGAUGGUUUGGUGAUCCUGCAGCUUUAUGAGAAGCUUAAUGUGCCUGUAAACUGGAAGAAAGUCAACAACCCGCCAUAUCCUUUCCUGGGGGGCAAUAUGAAGAAGCUGGAGAACUGUAACUACGCUGUGGAGCUGGGCAGGGAUAUCGCUCACUUCUCUCUGGUUGGCAUCGGAGGAGAAAACUUGAACAUUGGGAGUCCAAUGCACACCCUGGCGCUGGUCUGGCAGCUGAUGAGGAGGUACACAGUGCAGGUUUUGUCAGAUCUGGGUGAUGGAGAGAAGGUUGUAGAUCAGAUUAUCCUCAACUGGGUCAACACCACCUUGAGCAAGAAACGAAAGGACUCACAGAUCAGCAGCUUCAAGGACAAACUGAUCAGCACCAGCCUGCCAGUGAUUGAUCUGAUUGACGCCAUCGCUCCCGGUGCCGUCAAGUGGGACAUGGUGAAGAGAGUAGAGAAAAAAGGAAGGCUGAAUGAAGCUGAUAAACUCAACAACGCCAAGUAUGCAGUCUCACUGGCUCGUAAGAUCGGAGCUCGGGUAUAUGCACUGCCGGAUGAUUUGGUGGAAGUGAAUCCCAAAAUGGUGCUGACGCUGUUUGCCUGCCUCAUGGGCUACAGUUUGAAAAAGACCACCCGCUGAAACAGACACGAACAAACCACCUGGAAACCAAACAGCAAUAUACAUUUUGUUUCAAUGCGCUUUUCAUCUUUCUUUUCUUUUUCAUCUUUUUCUCAUCAUUGUAAUUUCUUUUCUUUGACCUUUAACCUUGCUGUGAUCACAACAUCAUUCUUUUCAUGAAAACAUGAAAUCAUUUAUCAUCAACAAAGUCACUGCAUUUGUUUAUCUGUGAUUUCAUAGAACAAGCUCCUAAUUGUUUUGUUUUUUGCUAUUUUAUAUUUAAUAUGGCAUUACAUCUAUUUUGUUCUUUUGCUCUAUGACCAGAAAAAGGUGAUACAGCAUGAUAAAAAAAAAAUGUCUUUAUGUCUGUAAAUGUUGUGCGUUAAACAUUGCUAUUUAAUUAUUAAAAAAGAAUCUAUGAAAUGUAGUGAACAGCCUUGUAUGUGUGUAGUGUCUCUAGAUUUACAUUAUUUCUGAACCUCCAGAUGUUUAAACCAGGUAGAUUUGAACUUAUAUUAGUCCAUAAGUAUAUAAAAAUAUAACUGAAGCUAUGUGUGCUAUUGAUUU